UCCUUCCUCUCCAUAUCCCACCAACCUCGUCGGCGAAGAAGUACGUUCCGCGGGGAGUGCUCAUCGAUAAUUCGCAUUUGCACUUCUUCGAUCGUCAUCAACAAACGGUACAUUGAUUCCCGGAUUUACAUCGCAUUCGCGCUGUUGUCCUCUGCAACUCUUACAUCUGCCAACCAUCCUCGACUGCGACCUCCAUCUGCGAUUGACUAAAAAUGACCGACUGGAAGGCUGCCGGCCAGGCCAAAGCCAAAUCUCUCCUCGAUCUCAUUCCGUCCGAAUGGCGGAUCUCCUCGAUCCCCUCUGCCGAACAGCAACGCGAUGUGACUGGGGAUUACAUCCAGCAAUAUCUCAGUCAGUCUGAGAUCAAGAUCACAGAAACCGAUGCCGUGGACAUCGUGCAGAAGACUUCAAGUGGAGAGUGGAAAGCGGAAGAGGUCGCAAAGGCGUUUUGCCAUCGUGCAGCGGUCGCGCAUCAGUUGACUAGCUGCCUGCAUGAGAUCUUCUUCGAUGCGGCCAUUGAGGAUGCAAAGAAGCUGGAUCAGUUUUUUCGGGAGAACAAGAAGCCUAUAGGACCAUUGCAUGGACUGCCAGUCUCGCUCAAGGAUCAAUUUCACGUGAAGGAUGUCGAGACAAGUAUGGGAUACGUCGGAUGGCUUGGAACGUUCGAGGGCAAGAAAGGCACAGGUAAAGAGAAGAAGUUCGAGUCAGAGAUGGUCAAAGAGUUGAGAGCAUUGGGAGCUACACUGUAUGUGAAGACCAGUGUUCCGCAUACAUUGAUGUGUGGCGAGACCAUCAACAACAUCAUCGGCUACACGCAGAAUCCGAAGAACCGCAAUCUGUCCAGCGGCGGCAGUUCUGGUGGCGAAGGAGCUUUGAUCGGUGCUCGAGGAAGUGUCGUUGGCUUUGGCACGGACAUCGGCGGCUCCAUCCGCAUUCCCGCUGCCUUCAACGGCCUCUAUGGCAUUCGGCCGUCAACCGGCCGUCUCCCAUACGAAGGCAUGGCAAACAGUAUGGACGGCCAAAACAGCAUCCUGUCCGUUGUGGGCCCCCUCGCAACCACCGCCUCCGGCCUCCGUCUCGUCACAGAAGCUCUACUCUCCACCCAACCCUGGCUCCACGACCCUCUAGUCCACGAGAUCCCCUGGCGUUCGGAAGCCAGCAAGCUCCCAGAAAAGCUGUCCUUCGCCGUCCUGCGCCACGACGGAUCAUGCGCUCCCAUGCCACCCGUCUCCCGUGCCAUCGAAAUCGCAGUCAAAGCAAUGCAAGACCUCGGCCACGAAGUCAUCGAGUGGAAACCCGACCCACCCCACGCGGAGCUCACCAAGAUCUGCGUCACCUGCUGGGGUUUCGACGGAGGCGCCGACUGCCGACAUGCAUUCGAAUUGUCGGGAGAGCCGAGCGCACCGCAGGUCAUUGUCGACCAAUCUGAGCAGGCCAAUGCUUCGGAUAUCAUGGCUGCGAAUGUGACGAAAAGAGAGUUGCAGAAGCGGUAUAUGGAAUACUGGAAUUCCACCGCGAAGCUGGCGAAGACGGGACGACCGGUCGAUGCCAUCAUCUGUCCGCUGGCACCUUUUCCGGCUGCCAGACCGGAGGGAUUCCUGUACUACGGCUACAGCGUCUUCGUCAAUGUGCUGGACUACACGAGUGUAGUGGUGCCAGUCACGAAUGUGGACAAGAAGGUGGACGUGAAGAGGACGGACUACACACCUGUUAACGAGACAGAUCGGAAGGUGCAGGAAAAUUAUGAUCCGGAGAUCUUUGAUGGCGCUCACGUCUCCAUCCAGUUGGUGGGUAGGCGACUGCAGGAGGAGAAGAUGAUUGCCCUGGCGGACUACGUGGGCAAGGCUCUGCACGGCUGA